AUGCCUACUCGGCCCCUGCGGCUCGAAUUUCCUCGUUUUGACGGCGACAACCCUGCUGGUUGGACUUAUAAAGUCAACCAAUUCUUUGAUUAUUAUCAAACUCCACUGCAUCAGCGUCUCUGCAUGGCCUCUUUCCACAUGGAGGGUGAGGCCCUCAUCUGGUUCCAGGACGCAGAGGAGUUGGGACAGUUUCCGACGUGGGAUGCUUUUGUCCAUGCCCUGCUAACUCGUUUUGGGCCUGCUUAUGACGACCCAAUGGAGGAGUUGAUGCGGCUCCGUCAAACUGCUUCUGUGGCCGAAUACACUACCCAGUUCGAGGCUUUGUCUAAUCGGCUUCGUGGGGUUUCGGAUAGGAACAGGCUGAGUUGCUUUCUCAGUGGGUUGAAAGACGACAUCCGCCUUCCAGUGCGCAUGUUACAUCCAAUUAGCCUUGUUGCUGCGUUUGGCCUUGCUAAGCUCCAGGAGGAAUACUUGCAAAGUGUACACCGUCCCACCCGCACUGUUUCCUCUUCGUACUCUUUUGGACGCCAGCACAAUUGGAAUCAUACUGGAAAUGUGUCGUCCCCAUUACCGGGACCGUCCUCUUCCCCGUUGGCUUUACCAUCCAGGCCAUCCUCGGGUCUUCCAGUCCAACGUAUUUCUUCCACACAAAUGAAGGAACGGCGGGAUCGGGGCCUUUGUUAUUACUGUGAUGACAAAUGGCAACCCGGCCAUAAAUGCAAGUCCCCUCGACUGUAUCUUUUGUCGGGAUUAGAUAUCCAGUCGGAUGAGGCACCGGAAGAGGUUUACUAUGAUUCCACGGAUGCGGGAGAACCUGUCCAAGAAUUCGACGUCGUUGAAUGUAAAGACCCGGAGAUCUCCCUGAAUGCAAUUUCGGGCUCCUUAGGGGCUAAAUCCAUGCGUCUUUUGGGUUUCCUACUAAAGCACAGUGUUAGCAUUUUAAUUGAUUCCGGAAGUUCUCAUAACUUCCUGGAUCAGUCUCUGUUACUCAAGGUUCCGCUUCCACUAGACCCUUCUCCUCUGCUACAAGUUCAUAUUACUGAUGGUACUUCCAUUCAGUGUUUCGGAAUGGCCUCCUCUGUUUCUCUUCGGGUCCACGGCCACAACAUCAUCACCAAUUUUUAUGUAAUCUCUUUGGGUGGUUGUGAUGUUGUUCUCGGGGUUGAAUGGCUUCGCACUUUGGGUCCCAUUUUAUGGGAUUUCACCCACAUGACCAUGCAAUUUACUUUGUUGAACCAGUCCACUACACUCACAGGCGUAGUACCACGUGAGCUCUUGGUAGCAGCUGGCACCAAUUUCCUUCAAUCCAGCCCUGCCUCUACUAAAGGGCUGCUUUUAAAGUUGCUCUCCUGUGAUUCAGCUCCAUCUAUUGCAGCCAUCCCCGAUUCUGUUCAGACCUUGCUGGACUCAUUUGCUGCGGUCUUUACUACUUCCACUGGUUUACCGCCAGCUCGUUCCCAUGAUCACAGCAUUGUUCUAACGGAUCCACAGCCUGUGAAUGUUCGUUCAUACCGCUACCCUUACUUCCAGAAGGCUGAAAUCGAGAAGAUCAUCCGUGAACUUUUAUUUACUGGGGUAAUUCGUCCCAGUCACAGCCUUUUCUCGGCACCGGUACUUUUGGUUCGGAAGGCCGAUGGGAGUUGGAGGCUUUGCGUGGAUUAUCGAGCCCUCAACCGUAAAACUGUCAAGGACAAGUUUCCGAUUCCUGUUAUCGACGAGUUAUUAGACGAACUCCAUGGUGCGGCUGUAUUUUCCAAACUCGACCUUCGUUCGGGUUGUCACCAAAUUCGGAUGCAGCAGGACGACAUCCCUAAAACUGCGUUUCGCACGCACGACGGUCACUACGAGUUUCUCGUCAUGCCCUUCGGUUUGACAAACGCCCCAUCCACCUUUCAGGCUCUCAUGAACGAUAUCUUCCGGCCUUUCCUGCGCCGUUUCGUUCUCGUCUUUUUUGACGACAUUUUGGUCUACAGCCAGAAUUUGGAAGACCAUUUGCACCAUUUGCAGGAGGUUCUGGAGGUUUUGUUGAGUCACAAAUUGUUUGCAAAACUGUCCAAAUGUUCUUUUGCGGUGGCUGAAAUUGAAUACCUUGGCCAUUUGAUUUCUCACCAAGGCGUUCGGGCGGACCCUUCUAAACUCGAGGCCAUGGUGAAUUGGCCCCGUCCUCAGUCGAUUAAAGCCCUACGCGGGUUCUUGGGCCUCACCGGUUAUUACCGAAAAUUCAUAAGGCACUAUAGAAUUAAAGCUGCUCCCCUGACGGCCUUGCUGAAAAAGAAUGCAUUCCACUGGUCACCCGCUGCUAUGGAUGCUUUUGUUCAACUCAAAGAGGCCAUGCUUACUCCCCCAGUCCUUCGCCUACCAGAUUUUUCCACUCCCUUUGUAGUGGAGUGUGAUGCAUGUGGGACGGGCCUCGGCGCUGUUUUAAUGCAGCAGGGCCAGCCACUUGCGUUUCUCAGUAAAGCCCUUAAGGGCCAGGCACUCCAUCUCUCCACUUAUGAGAAGGAGUUGCUCUCUUUGGUCACCGCCGUCCAACAUUGGCGGCCUUACCUCCUUGGCCGAACAUUUACCGUCCGGUCUGAUCAUCAGGCCCUCAAGUUUCUACUGGAACAGCGGGUGGGUACUAUUUUUCAGCAGCGUUGGUUGUCCAAAUUGAUUGGCUACGACUUCAUUAUUGAAUAUAAGAAGGGCCGUGACAAUAAGGUCGCUGAUGCCUUAUCCAGGUUGGCUGAGAUUCCUACUCCCUCCCUGUCCCUCAUCUCAUUUCCGACUCCCACUUGGAUUUCGGAUCUUAAGGGCUCUUAUGCUUCUGAUCCUCACACUGCUGCCUUGUUACUCGACCUAUAG